AUGACCUACGAUAAACAAAACAAUGGCAAUCUCGCCAAACCAUUCACACCUACCCUCAGUGCUGCUUUUCACAGGAGUAACAAGGGUCCUCUAACACCAAAACUUGCAAGUCCAAGUCCAGGGCCCGGAUACACUCCCCGACGUCUCGCACAGUCCGAACACCCCUAUUCGACCCCCUCCAAAGAUGACUCCCCCGCGGUUCCAGGUUUCCUGAGCGCCAACGUCACUCCACGAUCUGGCCCUCGAAUGACCCGGCGAGAUGGUGCUUUCUACUCCCCGACAACCACAUCUCCUGCUCCGUCUCCACAAACCCCCUACUCCCAGUCAACAAUUGGUUAUGGUCGUCGAGACCGCAGCCCGGCUCGUGGGGUCAAGCCGGAACAAUCUCGAAGCUUGAGAGCAAAGACGUUGACGGCGGAGAAUCAACCACACGUAUCACGACCGAAUUCUUUCUCGGAGAUGACAUCGGGGGCUCCUCUGUUCUUUCAUGCGUCCGACGCACGAUCAUCGCACCCUUCUGAGCCACCGGAUGUCCCACGGCCGAAACCUCACGGGAAGACGUCUCCAGCUUCGAGCUUUGUGUAUGCGAAUGGGGAACAGGAGCGGAAAUCAUUGGGAGAACAAUCGAAUGGAACAUCCAAUUCUGGCAAGCGUCGCUCGAUCGGUCUCCCCCGCCCCCUGCCCACCAGUAAACCAGCACUUUCCCCUUCUUCGCGCCUGAGUUCGCCCAGGCUUUCAGAUGCCGCCUCGCCUCCUCCGGAAGAUACGAGACCCCCAUAUAUCGCCAACAAUGAUAACGGACUGGGGAUCAUACCCCAUCUUGGCUCGCCGUCCAGCACGACUGGGGAGCAACCACUACCGCCGCUGAUCCGACAUACCAAGUCCUCGAGUGUCGACUCGGCCCGCAAUAGCGUACCUCCACACGAUGGCUUAGGUCCCAGCCCGAUCAUCGUAUCGAGUAGCCACUUUGGCGAUGGAGCACCCCCUGUGAUAUCGGAGCAAAUCCCCACCCUUCGCCCUCGCAUCUUCAGCAACGGCUCAAGCAUCUCGACCGAUACAUACCCCCUCCCGGGAAAGUCUGACGGAGCAAGCGAAGCCGCUCUCAAUGCACGAACUGAACGCAAGAUCAUGGAUUUGGAAAUCAGCAAUUCUUCUCUGCUCGCCAUCAACCGUACACUGGAGCGCGAGAUGCGACAGCAGAAAGCAGAACUUCGCCGAUUUCGGCGACUGAGUCGCGCUGGACGUAUAUCGAUGGCUCCGUCCGCCCGCUCAUUCUCCGGAGUGGCACUAUCGAUGACCAGCGAGUUGGAGGAAGGCGAAAGCGAGUGUUCCAGCCGAUCACAAGACGAUAUGUCCGAUUUGAGCGACGAAGAUUCGAUGGCGGACGAAAGUAUCAUGAGUCCAGGCUCGCUGGCCGAGCAUGAUGCUAAACACCGUGUUCAUGACGAGAAACGUGUCAUGCUUGACUUGGCGCGACAUCAGGAGGUAUUACAGGAUAGCCAAAGGAUAAACCAAAGUCUCAAGCGCUGCCUAGGAUGGACCGAGGAGCUUAUCAAGGAAGGACAAAAGGCUCUUGAAUACAACGUUCAUGUCCAAGACGUUGAACUCGGCGGCCGAGUCUUGUCCCCCGAAGAAUUGGGCGAAGUUGGCGAGAGCGGUCACGGUCUUCUAAGCCCUUCAACCGAAUAUAACGUCGUCUUUUCACCUGUCACAUCGUCCUCCGCCGAGGUGUCAUUUCUUGAAUCACCGUCUAUUGAAACAUAUAUUGAGCCCUCUAUCUCUGCUGAUGCGACUACAUGA